GUGAGCCUGUGAGGACUCCGCGCCUGGAAGGGACGUCGUGACGUCAAACCGGAGGCUGGACCAUCAUGGCGACUGUCAUGAAGCUCGUCCACAGGAACGCUUUAACGUCGCUUAUGGGGCAGCACUGCCUGUCGUUCAGCUCCGCGGCGGCGCACAGAGCAGCUGGAGUAAGAGCGGCCCAGGCUUUUCCAGGGAAGGUGAAAAUAGUGGAGGUGGGACCAAGAGACGGCCUUCAGAAUGAGAAGACUCUUGUACCAACAGAGGCCAAAAUUAAAUUAAUUAACAUGCUGUCAGAGUCGGGGCUGUCCGUCAUUGAAGCUACCAGCUUCGUCUCCCCAAAGUGGGUUCCACAGAUGGCAGACCAGGUGGAGGUGAUGAAGGGUAUCAGCAGGAAGCCCGGGGUGACUUAUCAAGUCCUCACCCCCAAUCUCCAGGGUUUCCAGGCUGCUGUCAAGGCAGGAGCCCCAGAAGUAGCCAUAUUUGGUGCUGCGUCUGAGCUCUUCAGCAAGAAGAACAUAAACUGCUCAGUAGAUGAGAGUUUACAGCGCUUUGACGAGGUUAUGAAAGCGGCUAAAGAGGCCGGUGUGCCAGUUAGAGGUUAUGUCUCCUGUGUCGUCGGAUGCCCGUAUGAAGGCAAGGUGGCACCUGAAAAAGUGGCACAUGUAGCUAAGCGGCUAUACUCCAUGGGCUGCUACGAGAUUUCUCUGGGUGACACCAUCGGAGUGGGAACUCCAGGCAGCAUGACUAAAAUGUUGGAGGCAGUGAUUAAAGAGGUGCCCGUCAGUGCGUUGGCGGUGCACUGUCAUGACACCUAUGGCCAGGCUCUGGCUAACAUCCUUGUAGCUUUACAGAUGGGAAUCAGUGUGGUGGAUUCAUCAGUAGCUGGACUGGGAGGCUGUCCCUAUGCCCAGGGGGCUUCUGGGAAUGUUUCAACUGAAGAUGUAGUUUAUAUGCUGCACGGACUUGGAAUUCAGACGGGAGUCGACCUCUCUAAGCUGAUGGAUGCUGGAGCUUUCAUCUGUCGAACCCUCAACAGGAAAACCAGCUCCAAGGUGGCACAGGCAGCCUGCAAACUGUAGAGGAACGACAAACCAGAGGCUCUCUCUCUCUCAGACUGAACACUAAAGCGUGAUUAUGUAACCUGGAGCUGUCUGUGUUUUUUGUUGGGUUUUUUUUUUUUUUUGGGGGCGGCGUUAAUUUAUCGUCUAUGGAAGAUCGGGAUCAGUAGGCUAUGCCAGUCAAAUCGGAGUAAAAUAUCUAAUUGGAUAUUAAUAUGACAGCAUUGCUGGAACGGUGCCUUAUGUAAAGUAAGUGUAAUCACAUCAUGACCUGUGUGCCUGUGUUUUAAUAGUGUGCUUGCAUUAGUUUCCAGGCACUGGCGAAGCCGACAUGAUCGCCAGACUUUGUUUAUAACAAUAAAUUAUCCAGUAAGCAUCUUGUGGGCAUGGAUGACAUCACCGUUUGAGUUUCCAUCAUUCUCCAUCCUCGACUCAGGCAUUGAGCUGGCUGGUGAAAAACUGUAUUGACACAGGUUAUUUUUAUUUUAAAUGUAUUAUUUUCAAAUCUAAAAUGCAAAUGUUUCUGUAGACUUUGUUUUAAAAAUAAAGAUUGAUAAAUUGUCUUGAAUCUUAAGGAUCACCUGUGUCUUA